GCAUGUAACUCAGUCUUCACUGCUCUGGACCACUGUCAGGAGGCUGUGGAGAUCACCAGUGAAGACCAUGUGAUACAGGUACACACAUACACACACACACACACACACACACACAAACACACACACAGUCAUUCAGCCACACUGAAACACAAUGGGUUUCUCAACAUUUCUGGGUUGUUUAGGUAUUCAGGUAAUUAUAUUGUAAAAUAAACAAACAUGAAAAACGAAUCAUUCUUAUCCCUCUCGUUCCCUCUCCCCCAGUACGUGAACCCAGCGUUUGAGCACAUGAUGGGAUACCAUAAAGGAGAGUUAAUAGGGAAAGAGCUGACAGAACUCCCCAAGAGUGACAAGAACCGAGCAGAUCUUCUAGACACCAUCAACACUUACAUCAAGAAAGGAAAGGUGAGCUUCAGCCACGGUGGAGGUGAGAGAUCCUCAGAGAGCCCAAAACCUCAACACCUGGUUGAAGAUCAUCCACCCAUUCUUUAUAUUUGUCUAGUGUUUUCUGUCCAGUUGUCUCUGUCAUUUCCUCAUUGUAUGAAUGUUAUAUUGUUGUCUGACUGUAUGUUCCGACAAUGUCUCUAGGAGUGGCAGGGGAUCUACCACGCCAGGAGGAAGUCAGGUGACAGCAUACAGCAGCACGUCAAGAUUACGCCUGUCAUUGGCCAGGGAGGGUAAGUCACUUACGACAUCACUUCCUCUAUAAGGGGCCAGACAUCUUAACUUUAUUGCACUGGGGACUGGCAGGCUAUUGUAUGGUAUUCCACCUUGAAUUGAUAACUGGUUGUGUAACUGGUAGUUACACAAAGAUGGUUCCCAAUCUAAUAUGCUUUGCUUUCCAUCUCUUUACAGUAAAAUCCGCCAUUUUGUCUCCAUCAAGAGGCCCCACAGUGACAACAACAAACAGGUGAGCAGGCAUGGAAGUUAUUUUUGUGUUUCAUUUAACGAGAGCAGUCAUGGUGGUCUUAAUGAUUGA